ACGUCGUAUUGAAGCGGAAAUGACGCUAGUGACGUUUUGUUGACAUUUGUUUGUGAAAGACAAAAACAGUGGACACCAACGGGAUAGUGUAUUUUUGGAAACCAGCUAACGGACCUCUGGGCUGACGGAAGACCACCGUGUCGUGAUUGAAAUACGGCUACAGGUAUUCUGUGAGUUCUGGUCCAGACUUGACUUCAGACAGAGGGAAGAAAAAAGACCCAGACCAGUUUGUGGACGGAGCAAGUCGGAACAAAACAAACCGUGUCACCCAGACUACACGAGAGGCUGAAUCAUCCACAGGCUAAACAACCACCAGACAGUUGUCUUUAGCUCUACGUUUAUAAAGGACUACUGAUCAUCCUUCCGUCUGCGUUACAGUAGUGGACUUAUUUCCUAACAGCUGCCCAGUAUAUAACAUGUUACCGAGGUAGUGUUGGUUAUUCCAACGCUGUCCGUUAGACUAGCAGGUUAGCAAGCUAAUGUUAGCCGCUGCUAUCAUUACCCUUGCUUGAUGUGCGGAGUAGUUUGUUAUAACAUGUUCUGAGGUUAUCACAGUGCAUUCGUUUCACACAGUGUUACUUCAAGUAGCUCGUUAGUGCGGAGAAACUCCAAGAAUGUGAAGCAUAAUGGCCAACUUUGAAGCUUACCAGGAGUACCAGAGAAUUGAGGACUUUGAGGAGGACUCACCACCAGGGGAGGAGGACUUACUAGUGCAUGUGCCCGAAGGCCUAAAAGACUCAUGGCACCAUAUCAAGAACCUGGAUAACUUCUUCACAAGAAUCUAUCAUUUUCAUCAGAAGAAUGGCUUUGCUUGUAUGAUGGUGACAGAGUUCUUUGAACUUGUUCAGUUGUUGUUUGUUAUCACGUUCACAACGUUCCUUGUCAACUGUGUGGAGUACGAUGUCCUGUUUGCCAAUCGAGCGGUCAACCACACGGGGCCGGGCCACAACCCCUUGGAUAGGAGCAAGGUCACACUUCCAGAUGCCAUCCUACCUAGCCAGCAGUGUACUCAGAGGAUUCAGGAGAACAGCUGGAAUAUUUUCCUUCUCAUCAUGGCAGCCAUCUUCUGGAUCUAUCGACUUGUUAAAGUCAUUUGCAACAUUUUGAGCUACUGGGAGAUCAGGCAGUUCUACAUCAAAGCACUGAAGAUCAGAAUGGAUGAACUAUGCAACUUCACAUGGCAAGAGGUCCAGGACCGGCUCAUCAGCCUGCAACGAGAGCAGCAAAUGUGCAUACACAAGAAGGAGCUGACAGAACUCGACAUCUAUCACCGCAUCCUGCGAUUCAAGAACUACAUGGUGGCCAUGAUAAACAAGUCCCUGCUGCCGGUACAGCUGCAGCUCCCCCUGCUGGGAAAUGUGGUGUUCCUCACCCAGGGCCUCAAGUACAACUUUGAGCUGAUCCUCUUCUGGGGCCCUGGUUCUCUCUUUCAGAACAAGUGGAACCUGCACCCAAAAUACAAGCGGAGUGGAAACCGCCUGGAGCUGGCCCAGCAGCUCAGUAGAGUCAUCCUGCUGAUGGGUUUGGCUAACCUGCUGCUGUGUCCCUUCAUCCUGGUGUGGCAGGUGCUGUAUGCUUUCUUCAGCUAUACUGAAAUAAUCCGUAGAGAACCCGGGAGUCUCGGUGCACGAAGGUGGUCCCUGUAUGGCCGUUUGUACCUGAGACACUUCAACGAGCUGGACCAUGAGCUGCAUGGACGCUUGGGCCGGGGCUACAAACCCACGUCGAAAUACAUGAACUCCUUUACAUCACCGCUGCUGACAGUGCUGGCUAAGAACAUUGCCUUCUUCUCAGGCUCAGUACUGGCUGUGCUCAUUGCACUGACAGUCUAUGAUGAGGACGUUCUGACAGUGCAGCACAUUCUUACAGCGAUCACUGUGCUGGGGGUGCUGAUCACUAUCACCAGAUCCUUCAUCCCAGAUGAGCAUAUGGUGUGGUGUCCAGAGCAGCUGCUGCAGUGCAUGCUGGCACACAUUCACUACAUGCCAGACCACUGGAGAGGCCAUGCUAACAAGAGCGAGACCCGGGAUGAGGUGGCACAGCUGUUCCAGUACAAAGCGGUGUUCAUCUUAGAGGAGCUGCUCAGUCCUAUUGUCACUCCCUUCAUUCUCAUCUUCCUGCUGAGGAACAAGUCUCUGGAGAUCAUUGACUUCUUCAGGAACUUUACGGUGGAGGUGGUUGGAGUCGGAGACAUUUGUUCCUUUGCACAGAUGGACAUCAGACGGCAUGGAAACCCAACAUGGAUGUCAGAGGGUCAGACUGAAGCCUCUAUUUACCAACAAGCUGAAAAUGGCAAGACAGAGUUGUCUCUCAUGCAUUUCACCAUCAAAAACCCACGCUGGCAGCCGCCCCAGGAGAGUUCAGUGUUCAUCAGUCAUCUUAAAGAAAAGGUGCAUCAUGAUGCACAGGGCGGCCCCUCCACUCAGCUGCUGCUCUCUGAGGCUCCUCUCUGCACCUCGCUGCAUUCUAACCAGUCCGCCACUGGGCCUGAAAAUCUGCUGGCCAGUGUCCUUGCUCAUCCCAUCCUGACAGCAUCAGGACUUCAAGGGAGAGACCACCGCUUCAUCCCAGCAAGCACCGCUGCUUCCGCAGCUGCCAGUGUUUUGGCCUCCUUGUCCACCUCCCAGCUUGCACAUACCGGCCGUGGUAGCCGCUCGCAAGGCCUCAUGCCCACAUCCCUCAAUCCAGAGAGCACCAUGUACCGCAGCGAUCGCACCAUCAUUGACAGUAUGACUUACAGUGACAGCCGCAUUCGGAGCAAUGCACUGCACUCAGAGUUUGCCUCAGCAGAGAUGAGUCUCCAUGCCAUCUACAUGCACGAGCUCCACCAGCUGAAUUCCCACCCACAGAGAUCUUCAGGUCAGUGGCAGAACCCAGUGCCGAUGAGAGAUCUGCACACAAGUACUGGUUUCCAGGAACAUAGUGGCCUUGGUUCCAGUAUUUCCAUGCCCACGCCUGUCCAUCUUGGUGGCUGGAAAGAGGAGGAGGAGGAAGAGGAGAGAACAGAUGAUCAGGAGAUAAACAGUGGAUCUACUCCAAAGCAAGGCACAGGGAGCAAUUGUUGAGGUGCCUUAUGUCAUAAGAGUGUUUACAUUUUACUUUCCUCUACAAACAUUGUGGCCUUAGAUGAUCUUCAUGGAGAAUUUAGCAUGGACCUUUGAAAACACCACUCAGUGUUUGUUGUGGGAGGGACUCAUUGAAUAACCACUGUCUCUGCACCUCCACGCCUCCUCCUGUCACACCUGGCAGACUAUGGCAUCAGGGAAACCAUAAGUCUUCCGUCCGUUUCAUCCUGGUUUUCUCAUGAACGUGUACAGACAGUGUGUAAGGAAACAAGAGCUACUAUCGAGUGUGGGCACAGGAUCACUGUGUGAUGGCGGGUGUGGCCAAUUUUUAUUUUGGAAUGCAAAAGGCUUAUCUGCAUGUGUGCACAAUGCAAGUAUUUGUGCAUCACAGUGUGAGUCUUAUUGAGUAUCCAGCAGUUUGGUGUCUUUAUCUGUGCUGCAAGAACUGCAAAAUGCGUUGUAGCUGCCUGAACAAUUUUGAUCACCUAAAAAAAAAGAAUUCAAUAUUUCAAGUUAGGCUGCUUUACCCUGGUGAUUUGUAAAUACAAUUGUUUUGUCUUAUAAUUGUAAUAGUCCACAUUUGUACUAACAGAUUUAAUCCUUGAGAAAGAUACCAAGUAUUUUAUUCUGAAGCGCUGACUCUACAGUAGCGUAAGACACCAUGUGUACCUGGUAAAAGCCCCAUUGGGUUUGACAGAACUUGUCUUUGAAACCAGACAUACACAUGUUUGGAAGCUGCUGCUUGUGUUUAGUAGUGCUAAAUGCAGAUUCAACUCAGUAUUAAUAUUUACAAAGCUGAUGUAUCAAGACAUUACUAUUCCUGAAAAACAGGACUGAAACUAUGGACCCCAAGUACACAUGGCAUCAAAAUCCAAUGCAGAUAUAAGAUGUCUUUUAUUCAAGCUGGAUACAAAGUCAGCUUUAUGCCUUAACACGCAUAUAGUAACAUAUUUAUAUCCAAGUUUUCUGUAUUACCUCUGUGGUGGAGAAGAAAAACUAAUACUCCAAUCAGUACCUCUUCAGUGUAUUUACUCUUGUGUAAGGAUGUGUACAGUACAUAAAGAUUUCUUUAUAGUGUACAGGUGCAUCUUUUAACUGCAUUUUGAUUUUAAUGGAAGGUGUAAAUGGAAACAUUUUCAUAACCUGUUACUUUUCUUGCCCAGCAGAAAUUCUGAAGAAUCAAACAUUAGAGUCCAAAAAAAGGUGUUGGGAAGAUUUCUGUUUCCUGAACAAAACAGGGUGUAAUUGCUUUUACAAAUCUUUGUUAUACAUAUGACAUUUAUUUAUGUGUCUAUUUUGAAGAUUGACCUUCAAUCACAAGGGCUGAUUCUAGAGUAAGCCGUCGCAUUUGAAGGUUUUAAGAAAACAGUUACACAUUUUUGGCUUUGUAGUUUAAGAGUAGGGGCAUAAGAAGAAAACAGCCCUUCUCCAAGUUAGCAUCAGCUUUAAGAUUAUUUAUUCUCUCCCCCAAAUGAUUGAUAUAUGACUAUUAUUUAUUUGAAAAAGAAAAGCUAUGUCAAAUUAUUUACCUUAAAAAAAAUAUCCCUUUUAUGAAAGAAAUGGCAUGUGUUCUUCUUCUAAAAAUAGUUUAAAGGGUGUUUAUUUAGAAUAUCCUGAUUAAAAAAGUUUUUAUUAAUGCUAAGAUAACAUGGCCAGCAGCAUGAUAUUGAAUGUUUUACACUCAGAAUAAACUAGGACUCAAUCUGCUUGUAGAAGCAGUGCUCAAACACAGAAACACAAAUCUCAUCCUCUUCUAGAACACUGCAACACUUUGCAGGGUACAUGCGUCUUUGACUUUGUGUGUUUGUUGAGACUUUCGUUGUGAGUGUGCCCAUGGAAGGAAUAGGUUUUGGAAACCUGCGUUAAGGAGAACUCAGAAGUUUUGCACUGACAAAAAAAAAUACUCUUUUUAAAUGUGUGCAUAUGUACAGUACCUGUAACAGUGAGAAAGAGACGCUGGGUCAGUCUCCACCCCGAAUGACCUCGUCUCAUUGUAUAUAUAAGCAAUGCAUCAGCACGUAUUGUAUAUCAUACUUUCAGAAGACCACCUGGAAUCACUGUGGCCAAUCACAUAAGGUUGUUGUGACCUCUGGUCAGUACAUGUUCACUCUGUCACACUGUUACAACAUGCUAACAUGGGUAAUGUGGUCAAUGUAUGUGCAGUAAGUUAAUGUUGUUGAGACACUGGAGCUCAGCUUUGUGCACAGAGUUGAUUUCUUUAGACCGUCUCCACAGAUAACACCUCACUGUCCUGUUUCUCUUUAUUUGAAGCAGUGCCUUAGAAUUGCAGAUUAGGAUUUGCCCUAUCUAGAAGCCAUUUCAUGUUAAAUAUUUCUUUCACAUUACAGCACAUAUAUGUACAGUGUUUUUUGUGUUUUGCUUUUGGAAAGAGUCAUUGUGUAUAGCAUCCAGUGUGUAGUGAAGUUGUGGAUAUGGUGUGAAAACAGAUCUUGUGUCAGUCUGUUGCAUCUGACAGCACACUUCUUAUGGUGUCUAAACUUGCACUGUCCUCAUUAUCCUAAACAAGCAGGAGUUUGCCUUGUACUUGGCAGUGUCAUCAUGGCCAACCUUAUCAUCAUGCUAUGGUUUCUUACCCACUAAACACCAGUCUAAGAAUCACCAUGACUGGGACAAGGUGCUAAUUUUUCAUCCUUGUUGUACUGUUUUCUUUCUUAAUUUUUGUCUGUUUUGUUGUGUAAAUUAAGAAACACUAGCUGAAAAAUGAAACAUGCCAAAAGAACUUGUUUUUCGGCACAGCUUUACAAUACUUGUGUUGUUUUCUGUGAGUGAGUAGAGAGGCAAAUAAAUCUUAUUUUGAGUGUAUUUAAUCAUUUCAUGUGUGGUUGGUUAUGUGAUGUUUAUUUGAAAUAAAAAAAAAUCUAUUUUAAUUUUCUCUCUGUAUUAUAUUGUUGCUAGUUUUUUAAUGUCAGCCUGUGAGAUAAACAUGUAAAACAUUUUCACUAUGACUCUUUGACAUAUCCGAUGGGGAUAUACUAAUAGAGAUGCUUUUUUACUUCUAAAUACCAAAGGUAUUUUAUAUUAUUACAACAUGGAUAUCAUAGUGUUUGUUUUAUCUGUAUGUCACGAUUUAGUCCAAAGCACCCUGACAACUGUUCUCCAUGGACAUUAAUGGUCUUUUAUGCAUGACCGGUGAGAUUGGUUAAUUUAUGACUCUUCAUCAAGCAUUUCUAAAACAGAAAGGCCUUGAGUGCUUUCAAGGCUGAUGAGGUUUAACUUGACUGGAACUUAGAUGUCCAAAUAUUCAAAAGUUGGACUUUGGUGACCCCUGGUGUUGAGUAACAAAAAACACUGAUGAACAGUAUUGCAAGGUGUCAUGACAUUGUAAAUACACUGAUACAGAUGUACUAUUCACAAAUA